AUGCUCACAUAUUUGGCUAAAGAUGGCCCAUACAAAGCCACUACAGUUGGAACGAUAAAAGGAGCAUGCGCUGAGAGAGUAUUUACAGAAGCACCAAAUAAUCUUACAACUGAUGUAGAUUGCUAGAAAUAUAAGAAUAUUGUUAAGUAACCAAUUAAGCAUGCUCAAAUAUCAAGAAUGUGAAAUCUUUACUUAAAAAGCUUCAUGCAAAUUAAAAUCAAAAUGUACAUGGACUAAUUGGUGUUCAUCUACUAGUAAUACAUGUGCUACUUAUAAAAAUACUUAUUACUCAAUGUGUACCAAUUCUAAAGUAAAUGGUAUUCUGUGCUUGUUAAAAAUCUAAUUCAACAUGCAAAGCUUAAGUUUAUGAAGAUUAACCAGCAACAAUUACUUCUUAUGCUUAAUGUUAAAGCUUUGCUGAUAUUUGUACUACGACUGGAGCUGCUUGCAUAGCUAUUUCAACAUUUUCAUUAUAAAAGACACAAACUAUUUUAUAGCUGCUUCAACAAUUAAAGAUAGAGUAGGUAGAUACGGUUGGGAUACUACUACAAGUGAAGCAGAGCUAGAGGUUGCAGUUAUAAAAAUGGAUUAAAUGAUGGUGAAUGUAAUACCUUCCUUUCAGGAUGUAAAGCAAAUGGACCAGGUUGUGUGAUCGGAUAUCAUAUACUGAAUUCUCUAAUAAGCAAUUCUGCUUUCAAUCUAAACCUUGACCAUGUCUUUGGGUUAAUGGACAAUGUUAUGACAGAUGUGAAGAUGCAGUGA